AUGGAGAUUCUUAAGAGGAGUGCCAUCAAGCCGGAGAGGUUCAAAGACGGUGUCUCAAAGGCAACAGAGAGCCAAGUGUCCUUCUUUCCCUUUGGCUGGGGACCGAGGAUAUGCAUUGGUCAGAAUUUUGCUCUGUUGGAGGCAAAGAUGGCGAUACCUUUGAUUCUGCAGAGACUCUCCUUUGAGCUUUCUCCUUCUUAUGUUCAUGCGCCUUACACGGUCAUCACCCACAGUUCGGUGCGCAUCUUAUCCUCCACAAGCUCUAACCCAAUGCGAUGUUUCCCAAUGAACUUAUCAUACACAGAGGAAACGGGACCAGAUCAUUACACAAAACUCAGUCUUGUUAUAUAUUCAUGUCUGUCAGAAUUAAACCCUGUCGAAUAG